CUACCUGUGGAGCUGUUUCCGGCUGACAGCGAAGCUCCACCACUUAAACUCUUGCUCUGGAGCUGGCUCGUAAGGCGGAAACAGGAUAUGCCAAGUGAACGUUGGGCUGAGGUGUGUAUAUGUGAGUUUUAGGGCUGAUUUUGAAAAAGUGAAGUUUAGCCUGGCAGAAUAGAGCGGUGGAGACAAAGUACUUCAACUCCUGUCGCUGUGACAACAGUUGGACUUCUCCUGGAACCAUACCCAACAAAUGGAGUGUGUCCAGUCUUCUGUGUGUUGACCUUUGACCUCUGAGUGAAGGAUCUGGCUGCAGAGUUCAUCUUUGGUGCUGCAAGCUCCAGGCUGCUGCUGAGGCACCAUGAAAAGGUUCAGGCGACAUGGAACAGAGUCCCAGCGGGAUCGCCUCAAACAGGAGCUCUUUCAGUUCACCAAGACUGUGGAACAUGGAUUCCCCCAUCAGCCCAGCGCUCUGGGAUACAGUUCUUCUCUUCAGCUCAUGGCCAUUGGAACUCGCUCUGGAGCCAUCAAGCUGUACGGUGCUCCUGGAGUGGAGUUCAUGGGUCUCCAUGAUGAAAAUGCUGCUGUCACACAGGUGUUCUUCAUGCCUCAUCAGGUGGAGCUGGUGACUCUGCUGGAUGACAACAGUCUGCACAUGUGGACUUUACGAAGCCACAAAGGACUUUCAGAGCUGCUUGAGAUAGGCCGUUUCCUGCUGACCGGACCACCUGGGGCCCCCCCCAGUGUGACCAGAGUGACUGCAGUGCUGACUCACUCCUCAGGGGAGCUGCUAUUGUUGGGAACAGAAGGUGGACAUGUGUUCAUUGUAGAAGUCCCAGGAUUCAGAGAGUUGGAAGAGAUGAACAUCAGCCUUGACCAAAUUACCAGCUGUGUACCAGAUGACUACAUUGGCCGUAGGAAUCUGGAACAUGUUGAGGCCUUGCAGGAGAACCCCGUCAACUCCAAUCAGGUUGCUAUCGGCUACGGACGGGGACUGAUGGUCAUCUGGGAUUUGGAUCACCGCUGUGCCAUCCGCCACAUCCCGGCCACUCAGCAGCUGGAGAGCAUGUGGUGGACGGAGGAUGGAAGCUGCAUUCUGAGCUCCCACAACGAUGGAAGCUACUGCUGCUGGACAUUGAGGACUGGGGAUGAAAGAGAGGAAGAGGAAAAGUCCAAUGUUCCAUACGGACAUUUUCCUUGCAAGGCCAUCAAUAAAAUAGUUCAGCUUCCGACUGCAGGAGGGCCUCCGUUCCUGCUGUUCAGUGGCGGCAUGCCGCGGGCCAGCUACGGGGACAGACAUUGCAUCACUGUGAUCUACAGUAAAACACAAGUGGCCUUCGACUUUACCUCCAGGAUCAUCGACUUCUUUGUCACCAGAGAUGGCCCCCAGCACACAGGCAGGCUUGAAAACCUUAGGACUUCCUCCUCGUUGGCCUAAUAAACCGUCUAGCAUUGUCCUGCUGUUUUAGUACAAUGCAGG